CAUAAUCCAAAUACCAAACCGAACCCCAACUAAUCCAAAUUUCAAAUCCCUAAAAUCACUUUCUGUUAGUCAAAUACCCAACAAUUUCCUCAAUUCCCCUGUUCUUUCCUUCCUUCUGUUUGUCUCCUCUUUCUUACAAAACCCCACAAAAUACAACAUUUACACACUUCUCCAAUCAACCCAAACUCCUCAAAUCCCUCAAAAAAGUAACAAUCUGUUGAAAGAUGGCGAUUUUAUACAGUAUGGUAGCUCGAGGAACGGUUGUAUUAGCCGAGUAUUCCGCAACAACAACAAAUGCGAGCACAAUUGCGAAACAAAUUCUCGAAAAGACUCCUGGAAAUAAUGAUACCCAUGUUUCUUAUUCUCAAGAUCGAUAUAUUUUUCACCUUAAACGCACUGAUGGUCUUUCUGUUCUUUGUAUGGCUGAUGAGUCUCUUGGACGUAGAAUUCCAUUUGCAUUUCUUGAAGACAUACAUCAAAGGUUUGUGAGAACUUAUGGGCGUUCAGUUCUAACAGCCCAGGCUUACGCUAUGAAUGAAGAGUUUUCAAGGGUUCUAAAUCAGCAAAUGGAAUACUAUUCAAGUGAUCCAAAUGCUGACAGAAUUAAUCGAUUGAAAGGCGAAAUGAAUCAGGUGAAGACCGUUAUGAUCGAGAACAUUGACAAAGUGUUAGAUAGAGGUGAUCGCUUGGAGCUUUUGGUUGACAAAACUGCCAAUUUGCAAGGAAACACUAUACGAUUCCGAAAGCAUGCUCGCCGUUUUAGAAGCAAUGUUUGGUGGAAAAAUGUUAAAAUUAUGUAUGUACUCAUUCUUUUCAGGUGUUUGGUGUUGUCUAGUUCAUUUGCACUAUGUUGGGAUAGCCCUCAUUUGGAUACCCAAAGGAGGAGUGAAAUGGAGAGAAGAGAAUUGGAAUGAAGAACUUCUUCACGAUUUUAACAAAUAAAUCCUUCCAGCUUAGGAAAGCUUUGUAUAGAAAAUACACCGAUCUCCCCUCCCUUCUCCUUCCCCUUCCCUUCCAACCCCUUCCCUUCCUUUUCUUUUAAAAAUGCUAUCCAAAUAUAGUGUUAGUGUCGUGGAUAGGGUUUCUCGCAUUAUUUUCUUUGAUUAAUACAUGUAGUUUUGUAACUAUGAGGGUCAUGACUCAUGAGGCUGCUCGAGUGAAUUCAUAAUUUCAUAAUGAUAAUGGUUCAAGGUUGGUGUGUCGUUUUCUCUUUCUCGAUGGAGCCAAAGGUUACGAAUUAUAAUGGACUAUGGUAAAUGACUUAUGAAAUCAUUAUUAAAUCAUGUGUACUUUUUAUGUAUGUGAAGUUGCAAAUAUUAUUUGCGAUCAAAGGUCAAUCAGAAAUAACCUCAUUAUUAUUACUAGGGUUAUUUUAUGUACAUCCAACCUCUCUAAACCCUACCAAGGUAUUUAGUAACGUUGGGGUAGUGAAAUGUUGUAUGAUUCCUGCCUAGUUGAAUAUAGAUUUUUCUAGCCAUUUUCCUAUCAGUAAAGAACAUUGUAUACCUUAUCUUUUUAUUAGAAUAAACCAUUAAUGGC